CUGCGCGCUCCCGCGGGUAGGAGGAGGAGGAGGAGGAGCAGCGAGAGCGCGCACACGGCGAGAGCGCGCGGAGCCCAGUAUCUUUGAUCCGGGCCCAGGUCCCGGGACGCGCGGCGCUGGAAGCCGGGCUGCGGCGGCGGGGAUCUUUAACACAAAUGGUCUGUUUCAAAACCAAAAAUGGGAAGAAAAGAUGCCAGUGCCUCUAAAACUCCAAUUGAUAACUACCGCAAGCAAAUUGGUAAGCAAGAUUACAAGAAAACCAAAUCAGUUUUAAAAGCUACAAGAUUAAAAGCAGAAGCAAAGAAAACAGCACCAGGAAUAAAGGAUGUGACUCUUAUCGUUGUGGCCAUUCUGGUAUUACUUGUGGCUGUAUAUGGUUUCUUUUAUCUGAAGUUCAACACGGAGGUUGAUCUUGAUCCAGAACUGGACAAAAAUUAGCGACGUCAUGGCUCGUUCAAGGAGAAGGACUCCUCUGGGGAAACGUAAACAAACGGCAGGGGUUUGCAGAUGAAAUUUGGACUACAAAGACAGCACAUGUGACUUUUAUUAAGAUUUACAUCUGCCAAGAAUUACUUUCAAAAGUAUUCGGCAGCUUUAUGAGCCCAGUCAUGUGUUUGCAAGGCUGCAUCUUGCUUUAUUUUAAUUGGUGUACAAUAGUUUUUUAACAUUUCACUUUUUACUGUGAGUCGUUUAGCUGAGCUUCGAGAUACAGUGUGGAAACAGGGAUCGCUGGUCGGCGCGGACUCGGUGGGCCACGCUGCAUCUCUAAGCCGAACUAAAAUUUCACACGUACUAGAAAUCUGAAGUAAAAUCAGAAAAUGCAUCGUGAUCGUCAACCUAUCUAUUCUACUCAUGAUUUUCUCAUAGUUCAGUUCAGUUUAGAGACACUGCGAGGAAGCAGGCCCUUCGGCCCACCGAGUCCGCACUGACCAGCGAUCACCCCGUACACUAGUGCGAUCCCACACACACUAGGGACAAUUGACAAUCUUUACCGAAGCCAAUUAGCCAACAAACCUGCACGUCUUUGUAGUGUGAGAGGAAACAGAAAACCCACGCAGGUCACGGGGAGAACGUGCAAACUCCUUACAGACAGCACCCGUAAUCAGGAUCAGUAUACAGUUCAGUAAAAAUCUUGCCAUAAAUAGGCACAAUCAUACGUAGGUCCAAGAGCGUCGGAAUAGUAAGAUUACAGAGGCAGUAUACAGGAGUUAAAACAUUUCCGGCGCUUUCUCAUAUCAUUCAAGUUCAGAGUUGUUGGAAGAUAUAGUCUUAAAUUACCCGUAAAGGCCCAUUGUCCUGACGGCGGCAUUUUGUUUGGAGUUGAAGUGGUCGGCCUGGCCUGGCGAUGUUUUUAAUGUCUGAAGAAGGGUCCCGACUCCAAAUGUCACCCAUCCUUUUUCUCCAGGGAUGCUGCCUGACCCGCUGAGUUACUCCAGCACUUUGGCUCGAUCUCAAGCGACGUUGAUCUCCAGGUCCGUGCCACUGCAGUCCACGUCCGUUCCACAUGCUCAGCCUCACGGAGUGUCUCCUGAUCCAAUCGAGCCCCAGGCACAUUGGUCUUCAUAAGUGAUCAGAGCAGAAUUAGGCCAUUCGGUCCAUCCAGUCUACUCCGCCAUUCAAUCAUGGCAGAUCCAGCUUUCCCUCUCAACCCCAUUCUCCUGCCUUCUCCCCAUAACCCUUGACACUCGUAGUAAUCAAGAAUCUGUCAAUCUCCGUCUUAAAAAUAUCCAUCGACUUGGCCUCCACAGCCGUCUGCGGCAAUGAGUUCCACAGAUUCACCACCCUCUGACUAGAGAAAUUCCUCCUCAUCUCCUUAUUAAAGGUACGUCCUUUUAUUCCGAGGCUGUGCACUCUGGUCCUAGACUGUCCCACAAGUUAACUCAAUCAUUCCUGGGAUCAUUUUUGUAAACGUCCUCUGGACCUUCUCCAACGCCAGCGCAUCCUUCCUCGGAUUUGCGGCCCAAAACUGCUCACAAUACUCCAAAUGCGGUCUGACCAGUGCCUUAUAAAGCCUCGGGCAUUACAUCCCUGUUUUUGUACACUAGCCCUCUCAAAAUAAAUGCCGGCAUUGCAUUCGCCUUCCUUAGUUCUCAGUUUAGUUUGUUGUCACGUGUACCGGGAUACAGGGAAAGGCAUUUGUUGCGUACUAACCAGUCAGUGUAAUAAACAAUACAUGAUUACCAUCGAGCCAUUUACAGUGUACAGAUUAGAUACAUGACGAGGGAAAGGGAAUAGCGUUUAGUGCAGGGUAUGGGUUACCACCGAUUCUCACUUGCAAAUUAACCUGUUGGGAAUCCUGCACCGGCACUCCCAAGUCCCUUUCCACAUACAGAUGAUCUGGAGACGUCUUAAGAUGAUCAAAACAAAAUAUCAAGCUCUUGUACUAGAAUCUGUGUACAAUAACAUCUUUAGCCUUUAUGAAAUGGAGAUGGGCAGGUGAAAUCGACCACAACCAACAAUGAACACUAAAUAUGGUGCUAAUAAUUUUAUAAUUUGGGUUUUAUAAUUUAGGUUGGGGAAACAAUUAAUGAUACCUUCGAAUUUAUAGGCAAGAAGUUAUUGUGUUAAAAUAACUAGCGUAGUUAACUCACAUGGCAUCAAUAUCCAAUCAACACAAAAAAAAUGAUUCUGAUUGUACAUAGUUAUGGACAGAUGUUAAAGGUGCCACAGUGAGACUGAUUAGCUAACGGUAGCUGAUGUGAACCACCGUGUUCACUUUAAAAAAAAAAAUCUUCCUUGAUGUUUUUCUUCAUGAUUCAAUCUUCUAAAAAAGAAAAAAAAUAUUUUUUAAAUUAGUUUUUUGCAGACUGACAAUUGGUGAAGAUAGUGUGAUGUCAAUAUUGGGGGAUGUAUUUCUUCGUUUGUGUGGGAUGGUAUUGUUACAUCUUUGACCAUGCUGUUAAUUCAAGGGCAAUCUCUUACUUGUCAAUGAAAUAUCUGUGUCUGGUAAUGUGAAGAAGUAUUAUAAACCGUAAUGUGCACACUU